AUGAGCGCCUCAGAUCGGCCUUCAGUCGCUGCUAUGACCGGUGGCGCCGAGUUCGACAACGGCUACGGAGAAAACAAAGACGCGGACAACACGAUGGAGACCGACAUGGACUCCAGCAACAUGGAACACGACCGGGCCGAGCUGGACGCGUCUGUCCCAGCCCAGAGCUCCAGCUGCGGGGAGGAGGAGGAGGCUGAGGCCGUGGAGAGGCUGCGAGAGCCCGGGGAGAGACUGCGCGAAAGUGGGAUGCACGGAGCCGAUGGAGGGGCGGUCCUGGGCGGCGGCAGAGAGCAGGAGGUGUCGGUGGAAAUAGGAGAGACGUAUCUGUGUCAGAGAACCGAUAAAUCGUGGCACACGGCAGAGGUGAUCCAGUCGCGGCUGAACGAGCAGGAGGGGAGAGAGGAGUUCUAUGUGCACUAUGUGGGAUUUAACAGGCGUCUGGAUGAGUGGGUGGGGAAGAACCGUCUGGCUCUGACCAAAACGGUGAAGGACGCGGUGAGGAAGAGCACGGAGCUGGGAGGCGUGGACCUGGGGGACCAACCAGAACGCAAGAUCACCAGGAACCAGAAACGAAAACACGACGAGAUCAACCAUGUACAAAAGACGUACGCAGAGAUGGACCCGACCACAGCCGCUCUGGAGAAGGAGCACGAAGCCAUCACCAAAGUCAAGUACGUGGACAAGAUUCAGAUCGGGAAUUUUGAGAUCGACGCCUGGUACUUCUCCCCGUUCCCAGAGGAUUAUGGGAAGCAGCCCAAACUGUGGAUUUGCGAAUACUGCCUGAAGUACAUGAAGUUUGAGAAGAGCUUCAGACACCACCUGGUCAGUUCAAACUGUCAGUGGAGGCAGCCGCCAGGAAAAGAGAUCUACAGGAGGAGCAACAUCUCUGUGUUCGAGGCGGACGGACGAGACCACAAGAUCUACUGUCAGAACCUGUGUCUUUUGGCCAAACUUUUCCUCGACCACAAAACGCUGUAUUUUGACGUGGAGCCGUUCAUCUUCUACAUCCUCACAGAAGUCAACAAACAAGGAGCGCACAUCGUGGGAUAUUUCUCUAAAGAGAAAGAGUCUCCGGACGGGAAUAACGUGGCGUGUAUCCUCACACUGCCGCCAUACCAGCGCCGCGGCUACGGGAAGUUCCUCAUCGCCUUCAGUUAUGAGCUGUCGAAGCUGGAGAGCACAGUGGGGUCUCCUGAGAAGCCUCUGUCAGACCUGGGCAAACUCAGCUACAGAAGCUACUGGUCCUGGGUCCUGCUGGAGAUCCUCCGGGACUUCAGAGGAACUCUGUCCAUCAAAGACCUGAGUCAGAUGACCAGCAUCACUCAGAGUGACAUCAUCAGUACGCUGCAGUCUCUGAACAUGGUGAAGUACUGGAAAGGUCAACAUGUGAUCUGUGUGACGCCCAAACUGGUGGAGGAGCAUCUGAAGAGCGCCCAGUACAAGAAGCCUCCUAUCACGGUCGACACCCAGUGUCUGAAGUGGGCGCCUCCAAAAACCCGACAGCUGAAAUUGACAAAGAAGUGA